GCAGAGGGCCCCCCGACCCCUGCCACCCGGCCGCCUUGCCAGGUCUGCAGGAGACCCGGUCUUGGAUUCUUGCCAUUAUCGGCAACCCCUGCUGCGGCCGGACACCGACCUUUAUGCGAGAAGGCCAGGCGCGCGAUGCCCGUGAACUUGCGGCCGUCCCGUGCUCGGCCCCCCCGCGGCUCUGGCUGCGUGGGCCGCUGCUGCGUUAAUCCGGGGUGGGCGUCUGCGGGCAGCCCACUGCUCUCCCUCCCUCUGCAACGGUCUUGGGGGCGGCACAGCAACCUCAUGAGUCCUGUCGAUGCCCUUUCGGGGUCAAGCUGCUUUUACAUCCUACAGUCUUCAUACAUAAAAACUGUGUAAACAUUUUAUUUGGGGAAGAAGGACCAACAAGGUGUGCCUACGGCGUGGGAGGGGGUGGCAUGUAGUAGUGAGCCCUCCCGACGCCCAGAGCGUGCACGGCCGGCGGCCGGCGCUCUCCUGCCUCCGAGACCCCCGCAGGACCGCAGCUGAGCCAGGGAGCCCGGGUGCUGGCGGCUGAAAGGGCCUGGCAGGUGGGAGUGGCGUGGGGCCCGCAGGGGCUUGGCUGGCUACCUCAGGCCUCCUGCCCACAGCAUGUGCUCACACCGGUCCAUGCGCAGUCGCGUCUGGAGACCCCCAGGGUGCUGGCCGUGCCCGGAGCAGGGUGACGCGGCCGUGGGUGGGGUCCCCUCUGCUCCACGCGACGCAAAGGAAGACAGAGGCUAGGAGGGGCGUGGGGUGGCAUUUAACGCCCCGUCCCCCUCGCUGCCACUGCCCGGCGCUGCUGGUUCGGCAUUGUUCUGUGUCCGAGUCGAUCGUCAUCUCACUGAGGGUCCACCGGUGUCUGGCCCGGAGUGAGGUCCCUGACGUGCGCUAUCUCACUGAAACCCCCCACAGCCUGCCUGACGGGGGCUUUCGGGGUCCCUGUUGUUGGCAGGGGGCACUGAGGUGUCAUGACCCACAUGGCUGGAUUCCACACUUGCACCUGAACUUCUACCCACGGUUUCAAAGUGUUCCCGGCGACCCCAUCCCCACCGGGGACCCCAGAUUUGAAAGAGAGCAGAGGUCGUGGCUCCCCAAGCUGUCAGGGCCCCCGAGGCCUCCGAGCGGCAGAGCCCAGUGUCCUGCGCGUUGAGACGUCAGCAGUAGGACACAGGAGCCACGACGCGCACACACAAGCCUGCGCGUGCACACGCACACCAGGGUCACCCACACGCAUGUGCACACGCAGCCACACACAGGCACACGCGCACAUAGCGCCCUGAUGCCUGCCCUUCUCAGAGCCGGCCGGGGCAGGAACCUUGUAUCAGGCACCACCUGCUGGACAGUUGAGGGGACGGGAGGGCGGCCGACCCGGAGGCCCCACGGCCUCUCUGAGACCCUGGGCCUCUGCGACCAGCCCAGCCCACCCACCGCCCUCCCAGCCAGAGUCCCCGGGGUGGGCGAUAUCUCUUCUCAUGGGGAAAUAGAGUCCCGGAGAGACAUUUUUAUAGCAUCUAAAUUCCCCCCUUAUUCUAGGUCUGUCCGUGCAUCCCGAGGGCAAUGACUGAUGGACUGUGGUGCAGAUAAUAGUAAUGUGCUAAUAGCUGACCUUCACUGAGGCACAUCACAAGCCGAACGCUUGGUGCGGAUUGUCCGACGUGAGCCUAAGGCCCCACGAGCAGGGACCACCAUCAGACCCACUGACAGCCAAGACAUCCUCAUUGCUCAGGAAACUGACCUGUACGGCAACCCAGCGGAUGGCCUGACUCCCCAGGCUCCAUUCAGGAUCAUGAGAACAGGCUUCUCCAGGGGCCCCCUUGGACCACCACGUCCUCCCAGUGCCCAGACGGAGGGGCCAUGCCCAGGCAACAGCCCCGCAGAGCACCGCCCCCAGCCAUGACCCGAGAUCUGCAGCCCUGCCCAGCAGCUGGGGGCACGGGGGGCCCCUCCCAGCCACCCGGCGAGGACGGUGCCCCAGCCAGCAGGACCGCCAAGGCCACGGGAAGCAGGGCCCAGGCAGCGGAGCUUCCAGAAUCCCAGCCGUGGCAGGCCGGGGAGGUGGAGCCCAAGGCCCCACUCCUGAGAACGCAGUCCCUGAGCAGCCUCCCAGGGAAGGGAGGCAGCCCCCGCGCCCCACCAGGGAGGAGCCACGCACAGGCUUUCCCGCAGCAGCCUGGCAGGGCAGACGGCAGCCCCCAGCAGUUCUAUAAUCUGAACGUCUCUGGCUCAAGGGCCAGACCCACUCUGGAUAAGACUCCUGAGGGCCCCCAGGGCGAGGACCCCGGCCCCCCAGAGGUGACAGCCCCACCUACCCCAGAAGAACUCAGUUUCCAAAGGUGCUUCCAGGAGACCCCCUCCAGCUUUACCUCCACCAACUAUACCUCACCGAAUGCCGCCUGCGGGCCCCCGCCCCUGAGGGCACCCCCAGGCAGCAGUGCCAGUCCCUGCAGGCCAGCCUCCUACUCGGAAUUCCAGGCCGGAGGGGCUGACGGCUGGCCUCCCACUGUUGAGAACAGCUUCCCAGGUGCUAGAUUCGGGGCCCCUGCUGCCAAGCCAGAGCCUUUUCCCGAAGAGGACAGCCCCAGGGUGGCCUCCUUCCAGUACCCCUUCCAGACACUGCACGGGCCUGGCCCAAAACCCUUCCCCAAGGACACCUCCCCGCCCAAGUACGGGGAGAGAGCGCUGGUGUUUGCCUUCCGCCAGCCCAGGGGGCCAUGGCCAGAGGAGGCGGUGGGCACAACCUACCCCCUGCCUACCCGGCCGGCUCCCCAACCCCCACCCUGCUACCCUGGCCGGCCCGGCCUUGACCCCCCCAGUGACCUCGGCUGUGCUCCCCCACAACCCGGUGCUGCUCCCCCAGCCCCCAGCCCCUUCUCGGAGAGCACGGCCACCUUUCCAGACAGUUUGCACAAGAGCCUGACCAAAACCCUCCCUGAGAGACCGCCUUCAGCCCACGACGACAGGCUGGGGAGCCCCAGAGGCCCCCCAAACUCUCUGUCACAGAGGCACUUUCCUGGGCAGACCUAUGGGAGCCCUGGGGCCAGUGGAGUGGGGACCAGCCCGGGGUCUCUGGACACGGAGCUGGCCACCCCAGGGCCCCUGCCCACCAGACUGCCCCAGCUGUGGGACCCUGCUGCAGCCCCUUAUCCCUCACCUCCUCUGGGCCCCCCAGCCACCACCAGGAAUGCAUUCUUUGAAGGCCAGGCCAGCCUAGGCCAGCACCUUGGCCUCCCCCAGAGUCCCCCGCUGCCCUGGCCCCAGGUGCUCCCAGCCACCGGGCCCAGUCCCCACCGCAUGGAGGUGCUGAGCCAGCUGCCUUUCCCCCCGGGGACCCCUGAUUGGCAGGGGGGCAGCCAGGGAGCCCUGGGUGCUGCUGGUAAGACUCCCGGGCCUGGGGAGAAGCUGGCAGUUCUGAGAAACAGUCCGGGCCAGCACGGCGGCGGCUCCCCUGGACUGUUCGCCUACAACGGGCUGAAGGACCCCGGAGCCCAGCCCCUGUUCUUUGGGGUGGCCCAGUCCCAGGUCUCACCCCGGGCGACCCCCGGCCUGCCCCCGCCCAGGGUGGUGGGCGCCUCUCCCUGCGAGUCCCCGCUGCCCUCACCUGCCACCAACACGGCCAGCAGCAGUUCCUGCUCUUCCCUGUCCCCCCUGUCCAGCAGCCCAGCCAACCCCAGCUCGGAGGAGAGCCAGGUUCCUGGCCCGCUUGGGCCCCCCACCUUCUUCCACCCCAACACUUGCCCCCCGGAGACGGGCAGCCCCUACCCGUCCCCCGAGCCCCCACACGCUGUCCCCAUGCACUACCAGCCAGAGCCCGUCAGAGCCUUCCCUUUCCCUGCAGAGGGGCUGGGAGCUGAGGACACCUUCAAAUGCCUGGACGAGGCUCCCUUCCCAGGCUCAGGCCCCGAGGCGUGCAGCGGUGGGCUGGAGGGCUUCCCCCGGGAGCCGCCCCCCUACCCCGCCCACCACUUCCCCCUGAGCAGCGCCAGCCUGGACCAGCUGGACGUGUUGCUCACCUGCAGGCAGUGUGACCAGAACUACAGCAGCCUGGCCGCCUUCCUGGGACACAGGCAGUUCUGCAGUGGGCUCCUGGCCAGGGCCAAGGACGGCCACCCGCAGCCCCCAGGGCUCCCCGGGCCCCCCACCACCCCCAAAGCACCAGCUGGCGGGAACCUGAGCCUGCUUGGCCACACCAAGACAGUCCCCUUCCUGCUAGGUGGGGACGUCAGGCCUGAUGGCAAAGAGGACCCCCUGAGGACCAGCUUCCUGCCCGGCCUGGCCGCUGCCCCCUUCCCCCUCCCCACGGCAGACCUGGACCCGGAGGACGAUGCCAAGCUGGACAGCCUCAUCACCGAGGCGCUCAACGGCCUGGGGUACCAGUCGGACAACCCCGAGAUCGACAGCAGCUUUAUCGAUGUCUUCGCUGAUGAGGAGCCCUCAGGCCCCCGAGGUCCUGGUGCCGGGCAACCCCCCAAGACCAGGGUGGGGACAUUGCCAGAGAGCAAAGCCCAGCCCCCGUUCCCGGGCAAGGCCACCCCCCCAGGGCCCCAGGCUCCCCGCCCUGGGAAUGGGGACUGCCCAGCCCGCAGCCGUCCCAAAACCCGCUCCCUGGGCCCAGUGCCCACAGAGGCAGAUGGGGCUGGCCUGGUCAGUCAGCAGAGGAGAGGCAAGCGGUUUAAGUUGUUCCAGAAAGAACCGGACACGUCCAGCUCCACCAAGAGCCGGAAGGGCCCCAGAGCCACUUGCCUGAGGCCCAGGAGGAAAGGCCAGGGGGCUGAGGCACCCCUGCCCCGCCCCCGGGACCUCAGGAGCCACGAAGAUCCUGCCAGGCAGGCCCUCCCGGUGGAGACCAGGAGCUCCCAGCGCAUCCGCCUGUCCCCGAAGAAGGAGUCCAGGAGAAGGAAGGUGCGCGGCGGCUCCUGGAGCAAGGAGCUCAUCCACAAAAUCGUUCAGCAGAAGAACAAGCUCCACAGGGGGCCUCGCGCCCAGGGCGGGCACCUCCCCCUGGGACCACCGAGGCCCGUGCCCAGCCGCGCCAAGGAUGGGCUCCAAGAGCUGGCCUGUGCCUCGGAGUCGGAGGAGGAGGACGGCGCUCCACAGGGCUCCCGCCUCAGAGGCCAGCCCCCGCCCCGCCAGGGCUGCCGGCGGUGGCGCCGAGGCACAAAGCAGAAGGCAGUGGAGGUGACCUCGGGGUCCAAGGAGGAUGGAGGGCCGCAGAAACCCAGGACGGUCGUGAGGCGGGAAGCCACAAAGGUCAGGGCCUCCCCCAGCCCAGAGGAGCCGGGCAGGCCUUGCCCAGGCCCCAAGCAUCUCCUGCAGGUUCCUGCCAGUGCCAAGACCCCAGAGGAGAACCGUCCGGCACUGGACUCCCCUCAGAACACCCAGAACCCCGAAACUGCCAAGAAGCGCCCCCCAGCUGCCACAGAACUCCCCAGAGAGGCUCCAAGCUCUUCUCCAGCCUCCCGUGUGGGGGGAAGCCCGAACCCUCCAGCCCCGGAGCCAGGCAGAGAGGACCCCUGGGUGUGCCGUGGGAGUCUGCUGGGAGCUGCCCGGUGCACAGAGCCACCUGCCUCCCAGGACAGAGAGGACCCCCCUGCUUACCCACCAGGAGAGUUGCUGGCACCUGGUGCUCAUGCUGCCGACACCGCCUACCUUGAAUCUGGCGCUCUGUUUUUGAAGAGCCCUGAUCUUGGCUGUGGCCCUGCUCUUCUUAACGGAGACUGUGGGGGGGUUCCACUUGCCAGAAAGGGACCCCAGGCCUCCAGCAGCCCCCCCAGCAAAUUGUUCCUCGGACCCAAAGAACUGCCUGGCUGUCUCCCAGAAGAGCCGUACUCCAAGCCCUUAGUACCAGACGCUCUGCCUGCCAGCGGCACGCACCUGCCCCAGGAUGCUGUGGACGCCAGUGCCCUCGAGCCAAAACCACCCAGGAAUCCACCCUACGCCAUCCACGGGGGCCCCGGCAAAGCUGAAUCACCUCUGACGUUGGAGUCCACGCCACUUUUCCCGGGGCUGCCUGAGGACAGAUUUGACCCGCCAGCCUACAGCAGCCUAUCCGGAAUCGGAGACACCCACUCCUCGAUGGUUUGUGCUGACCCGCCCCCAAGGAAACCCCAGUCAGAGCCGCCAUACUCCCCGCUUCUGCCCGACAAGGGCUGGUCCCUGCUGGAGGAGUCCCCGACGCUGGCCAGCCACAUGGGUCACCUUCCUGACCUCUUGGGGGAAAAGGCAUUCAGUAGGAGGUGCUCGAGGGAAAGGGUAGUGGCUGCCAGCCCUCCCCCUCUGCCUGGCAAGGUCAGCGAAUGUGGCAUCGCUUUUAUGGGCAACCUGUCCGAAGGUGAGUUAGAAAUCAGAAGGCUGGUCGCCGAAUUAGAGAGUCAGCUGCAGAGUAAAGGGGGGCCCGAGGCCCCAGAAAUGUGUAGAGCUGGGCAGGUGGGCAGGACACACACAGGCACAGGGGCCCCUCUGUCCACCUCCCAGGCCACCCCGCCCCCCAGGGACGCCUUCUCCAAGGCCGACCUCACCCGCCUCGGGGAGUUGACUCCACACCCAGAAGGGGCAGAACCAGCAGUGCCCACUACGGAAGGGGAGCCAGGGAGCACCCAGGAGGAGUGGCCCUCACCCCACCCAGGAGAAGCACCCCUUUCCGCUCGUGCACGUGCAGACGGGGCAUCUGGGGCUCCCGGAAGCCUCUGUGGGGCCGACCACAACUUCCAAGCAGGACAGAGAGCCAGAGUCUCAGAGACCGGCCCCUGCAAGGCAGAAGGGAACUGCGGGGUCCACGCGGAAGUCUCUCUGCCCGGCUCUGGAGGGCUGUUCAAGCCUCCACCGGACGUGAGGAGCUUAGCAAAGUGCAGCCCGAGCCGCGAGCCUUUACUUCCCCAAAAUAACAGGACGGCCAGGAUGCACGCAAGCCACGCCCUGCAGCUGGAAGCAUUUGGCAGCCCACUGGCCCGUCUGGCACCCAGCUUGGCACUUCAGGGGACCACCCCAUCUUGUGGUGCCGGGCUUAGCGACCCCGAAGGAUACGCCAUAAGCAGGGCCGGCCAGCCAGAAGAGGCAGGCCUCCCCCACUCUGGGGCGGGGGACCCUGGCCUUAAGGGUAAUGAGGAAUCUGUGCCAGUGGGGGCCUCCCCAAGUCCUGCCUGCGUGCCCAACACCAGUCCCGGCAGGAGGCCCCAGGACCCAGCCGCAAGCCCCCUACGUCAGCUGCAGCUCCUGGUGGCCAGAGCCUCUGGGAAGGAAGAGGACGCCCUGGGCUCACAGGGGCCCCCGUCUGCUGACACCCAGAGCCCUCGGCACAGUGAGCCCUCAGAUCUGGAAGGGGACAGCGUGGAAGGUGGGGACAUGGCCUGCAGCCCCACCCAGGAUGUCCCCGCAGCGGCCAAAUGUCAGUGGGGGCCUGAGGCUGAUGGACAUCUGGACACACUCGGCCAGGCUGAGAAGCCCGAGGACCAAGGCGGAGCCAGCAGACUGCAGCCAGAUAACUGGGGGAGUCCAGUGGGGCUGGACAACCUCUCGAUGGUCAGUGCCGAUGCUCAGGGUGCCCUGGCCAGGCUCGGGGGACAGCUCCAGGGAAACAGCCCGGUCUUGGGCCUUCGAAAAGAGGCAUGGGCCACCCCUAGCCCUGCCCCCUCUGAUGCAGAAACUUUGGUACCGACCUUGGUCGCAGCCCACAUCCAAAAUGGGCCUGAAGCCCGGACUUCAGAGGACGCGGCCAGCCCAGGCCUUGAGAAGCAGCUGCUGCUCGCCGGAGACAGCCUUGCUCCCCCCAUCAGGGACCUGACCACCUGUGUCCCCUUGCCCGCUUCUGCAACCACCCCCGUUCCCCCCGGCCGGGAGCACCUACCCCAGGAAGACCCUCCUACAGGACCUUCAGGUGAGCUGAGGGGGCUGCUCCCAGCAUCUCCAUCCUGUGGGGAUCCUGCCAGCCCGCAGCUCCUCCCAGCCCCUUCUCCUCCCUGGCCCCCUCCACAAAGGGCUGACUGCACCCCAGCCACCACAGACGCUGGGGCUGGGCCACCUGCAGCAGCUCCCCUAUCUUUGAGGAAAAGCCCCUGUGGCUUCCAGGAAAGCCUGGCUCGUCACCCCCUCCUGGGGGACCACAGCCCCCUGCAGGACCCUCCCUCGGGCCCGCCUGGCUUCAUCAGUGUCUUCACUCCUGCCCAUGGGGAGGACCGCCCUGAAGGCAGCAUGUCAGGACCUCUCAAGGGUUCCAGGAAGGAGAAGCCGAGGGGCUCUCCUGCCUCUGCUACCCGUUCUCCCCCCGUGAGGACCAUCUCCCCGAGAGUGACCAUGAACGCCCCUGCCCUGCCUGACAUUCCCACCACAGAUGGCACAGGGGCAGUCAGAGGCCCCGGGGUCGACCAUCCAGACUGCCAGGGUGGGGGAGCCCUACCCCACACCAGCCCCAGCGGGAUGCCCACGGGCCCCGCCUCCUCAGACCCCCCAGGCAACAGGGAAGGCCAGGGUGUCACCAUGGUUCCCGCUGACGCUUCCACAUGGGGGACCGCUGGGCCGGAUUCCUGUGCCUGCCAGGAGGGCGAGGCGGGAGCUGGCUGCUCUGGUGCCAUGAAGGCCCCUGGAGCUGACACCGGAGGCCCGCCUCUCACCUGCCCGUCCACGGAGGUCCGCAGGGCCAGAACCACGUCUCCCAGCAGCACAGCCCGUGAGUCCAGACCCAGCUCCCCCCAGAGCCUCAGAACUGUUCAUCACACAGCCCAGAGGGACCCCCUCAGUACGCAGGGCACCCGACAGAAGCCCGGGUCCCCAGAAAAUACCCCCCAGGCGGGCCAGGCCUCCAGCAGGCAGCCCGUGACCUGCGAAGUGUGCACAGCCUCCUUCCGCUCCGGGCCAGGCCUGAGCCGCCACAGAGCCAGGAAACACGGGCUGCACAGGGGUGCUCCCAUGCUGCCCGCUCCUCGGCCCCCGGCGUGCCAGCCCCCUGAGAAGAAAUGCCGCAGGGCACCUGGGAGAGAGAAACCAAGGCAGGCGCUGAGCAGCCCCAGCCCUGCCGCUGGGCCGCCCCCUGACCGGGGUGCCGAGGCUCCUGAGGGCGCAUCAGGCCCUCAGACGGCCAAGGGACUCGGUGUGGGGGGCGCACCAGGCUGUUCCCCUGGCCCGGGCGAGCCGGGACUGGACAUGAGGUUUGCAGAGCCCAGGAAGCAGGGGCGGCUGGUGAGGGACAAGCACUGUCCCAAACAGGCAGAGAAAGGAGGCGGCCAGCGGCGGGGCCGGGCACCCACGGACGUCCCCAGCAAAUCAGAGCUGAAGUCGCAGGAAAAGGGGCGAAAGCCAAGAGCAAGAAGGUUACGGGAGGCGAGGGGUCCUCCAGUCUGUGCAGGUGUGAUUUCAGACAGAAGCCGCUGUGGUCCAUCCACUGUGACUGCCAGUCCCCUGGGGCCUCCAGGCAGCUCCCUGUCAGCGCGGGCCGAGCCGGACCCCAACGCCUCCUGGCCCACGCUGAUGGAGAACACAGUAGGCACAGACCCAGAGGAGACGGCCGCACAGAGGUCGACCCGGGAUUGGAUGGCCCGUGCGGAGGGGACAGAAUGGGCGCCGCCGGGGGCCGGGCCAGAGGGACAGAAGACAGCCGUGGCCAGGGGGUGCUGGGGACCCAGGGAGCCCGGAAUACCAGACGUCUACAAAGAGCUGUCAUGGGCAGCUGGGGCUGAGCCUGGGGGGGACUGCAGAGCAGCUGAGAGCGGGUCGGGGCAAGGAGUCGGGCAGGGGCACAGUCCCCCCUCGAGCCCCCCAGGCCCUCGGGACACUCGUGCUACUGCAGGUGGCACCGGCAACAGCUGCCCCCAGGGCCCCCUGCAGAGCCCAGAAGUGCAGGUCGGGGUCCAGGAGCAUGAGGGCACCACUCCUGAAGUCCCCAGCCCAGGUCUCGGGGACCCUCUGAGCGUGUUUGACGAUGAAGCCUCCUUUUCCCAGCUCUUCCCUCUGGGCGACCGCUUGACUCGGAAGAAGAACCCCCGUGUCUACGGGAAGCGCUGUAAAAAGCCGAAGGCCCCGCCCCCGCUGGAGCCCCACAGCGAGGUGGGGGACAGCGUCGCGCCGGCCUCCGCCUGCCUGCCCACAGACCUCAGCGACUCGGGCUCACUCUGCCUCUCCCACGAGGACCCGUGGGGUGAUGAAGCCACAGGUCUGCCGGGGUCCUUCCUGCUGGAGGGCUUUCUGAGCAGCAAGGUGCCCGGCAUUGACCCCUGGGCCCCCAGCCCCAGCCUGUGGGCCCUGGAGCCUGGCCCAGAGGUGGACUGUGCUGAGAACGUGUCCCCCCGUCACACCGAGGACCAGCGCUCAGAGAACAUUCCGGAGCUGCACAUGGUCCCGGCCUCUUGGCGAGACCUGGACCUUAAGGCCCCCACUGAAGGGAUGGGGUCUUCUCUAGGAGACAUGAGCCCAGAGCCCCCCGACCUGGAGCGGGAACGCUACGACAGCGGGCUUCCUGGGAACGCCAUGGACCUUGAGAUGCUCGGCGCCAGACUGGAGGUACAAGACCUGUGCUUCCUGACGCCCCGUGACGACCCUGUGGGUGUCCUCAGCACAAGGUUCUUACACUUCGGGGCCACGGUGAAGCCCCAGGAGCCACGGGGCCCAAGGGCAGAGGCAGCAGCCGGGGCAGGAGGGGCGGCGGGACGGGACCGGCACGCCAAGGCCAGGAGGGCAUCCUACAAGUGCAAGGUGUGCUUCCAGCGCUUCCGCGGCCUGGGCGAGCUGGACCUCCACAAGCUGGCCCACAGCCCCUCGCCACCACCCACCUGCUACAUGUGCGUGGAGCGCAGGUUCGGCUCCCGCGAGCUGCUGAGGGAGCACCUGCAGGAGAAGCACGUGCAGAGCAAGGCGGGGCGCUGGGCUUGCGGCAUGUGCCUGAGGGAGGUCACUGACGUCUGGAUGUACAACGAACACCUGCGGGAGCACGCCUUGCGGUUCGCACGCAAGGGGCAGACCCGAAGGUCCCUCGGGGACUGGGAGGGGGACCGAAGUGUCACUGGCUUCCUGGGCAGCAUCAUGGGACAGGCGUCCAGACCCAGUGGGGGCAAACGCUCGAUGGGCAAGUCAAACGGGAGCCCUGCAGAGACAUCGGGGCAACAGAAAGGGGCCGGGAAAGAAUUCCAGAGGGAGACGGUGAAACCCAAGACUCCUGCCAACGACUCAAACCAAGAUGGCACCCUGACACCAGACAGGGCUUUGGCUGACAGCAGCCCAACGGCCUGCGGGAACCCCGCUCUUCCCAGCGGCUCCGCCAAGACGUCCCCCAGCCUGUCCCCCGAGCCCUGCUCCGGCAGCGAGCCCCUCCUCCACGCCAUCCCCAUGCACGAGGGCUGCAAAGACCCCUCCCGCGACUGCCACCACUGCGGGAAGCGAUUCCCCAAGCCCUUCAAGCUGCAGCGCCACCUGGCGGUGCACAGCCCACAGCGCGUCUACCUGUGCCCCCAGUGCCCGAAGGUCUACCCGGAGCAUCAGGAGCUGCGCACACACCUGGGCGGGGCGCACGGGGUGAGGGAGGAGCUGGAGCUGCCGCACACCCCGCUGUACGCCUGCGAGCUCUGUGCCAACGUCACGCACAUCAGCAAGCGGUCCUUCAUCUGCAGCUCCUGCAACUACACCUUCGCCAAGAAGGAGCAGUUUGACCGCCACAUGGACAAACACCUGAGCGGGGGGCAGCAGCCCUUCACGUUCCGCGGCGUGCGGAGGCCUGGCGCCCCCAGCCAGAAGGCGCCGGCCCGCGAGGGCACACUGCCCAGCAAACGGCGCAGGGUGGCCGCGUCCAGCAGCCCUCCCGGCCCUGGCGCCAAUGGGCUUCUGUCCUGGGGCCGCAGCCCCCCCCAGAGCGAGGGGUUGCUCCCAGGCCUGCUCCAGCCCUGCCCAGAGGCAGCUCCUGGCACCACCAAGGGGCAGCCCAGGACCCCGGAGAGGCCUGUAGAUCCCGUGGGCCACCCGGUCACAGGGGGCGAUGUGCCCUGUGACCUCCAGGAGCUCCUGCCCCCAGCUCUGUCUCCUUUCCCGGCAGCCUCCGCAGAUGGCCAUGGUGGCCGCAAGCUGGAGGGAGCCCUGGGGAGGUCUGAAGGUGAGGCAUCUCCAGGCAGCCCUGGGCCUCUUCUCCAGCAGGCUCUCCUGCUGGGGGGGUCUGUGCCUCGGCCGGGAACCAGAGGCCAAGAUGUAGAGGAAAAGAGGGCUACUGGCCCAUUCUCAGGGAAACGCAGGACCCCGAGUGCCUCUGACCAUUGCCUGGAAGCCCCCUCCCUGCUCCAGAAGGAGAAGCAGGUGUCCACAGGCCACAGGCCUGAGGGAGGUGCAGGGGGACCCUCCCACAAGGGCAGUGCCGUCAAGCCUUGGGGCUGCCGGAAUUCAUCGAAGGAGAGGUCGGCUUUGCCCACCCCCAGCAAAGCUCCUAGGUUCCCAGGGCAACCGAAGAAGGUUGUGGCCAGUCCGACACCCAGAGAGCUAACCCAUGGCACUGAGGACAGGCCAAAGCCCACCACCCUCAAAGCCAAGCCGAGCCCCAACUCCCAGGGCAGUGGAGGCCCACGGCACAGCACCAAGACGGCGGGUGGCAGCCAGCCCCAGCCGGCCAGCGGGCAGCUCCAGAGUGAGACGGCCACCACCCCAGCCAAGCCCAACUGCCCAGGCCAGGGCCCCGCCCCAGACAAACACCCUCCUCGAGCCAAGGGCUCUCCCAAGGGGCCAAGGGAAGCUGGUGACCAGGGGCCCCGAGGGAGCCUGAGCACCAGGGAGGACGGGGAGGUCAAUGAGAAAAAGAGGAAGGGUCGGGCCCUGGGGCCAAGCAGGAGUGGGAGUAUGGGGAGCUUGGGGAGAGCCCACUUGGUCCCUGAGAAGCCCCCCCGGGCCCCCAGAAAGCAGGCGACGCCCAGCCGCAUGCUCCCCAAGGCCAGGCCCAGUAGCCAGAGCAGCGCGAUGCCACCCCAGCCCACGGAGCAACGGCAGGUGAGCCCCGGACACACCCAUGGGGACUGCAGACGCAGCAAGGAGGGCCAGGGCAAGGCCUGCCCCCAGGGGAGACCCCUGCACAGACCCCCCAAGAGGGACAGAGCUGUCCACGGUGCUGAACUUGCCAACCCCCGUGCCUGCAGGACCGCCGCGUCCCAGAAUGACCUCCUCAGCCAGCUCUUUGGGCAGCGACUAACCAGCUUCAAGAUCCCGUUAAAGAAGGACCCUCCGGAGUAAUUUAUAGCCGCGAGUGAGUACCUGGGAGCAGGGCUUGGAACAGCCCCGCAAGUGGGGGCUCCUGCCUAUGCUGACGAGCCUCAGUCCUCUGAGGGUGUUGGAUGGUGGCCACGUGGCAACACACCGGACUUACGCAAGUGCUCGGAGUCUGGCGUUAGGGCUGAGACUGGGAUACUUUGAGCAGGGCCUGGGGUGGACAGCAGUCCCCUUCUAGAUGGAAGGUGAGGGUGAGCCCCUCGGAGACCAUGCAGCUCUUUUCUCGGUACCAGAAGUCUGAAGAGAGAGCUGCCCCCGCCCCCGCCCCGUGUGCCCCAUUGCCCAGGCGCAGUACUCCACAGACCCUUCAUGCGAAGGUUUGCACGGGGCUGCCCCACGUCAUCUAGCAGGGAAGUGAGCUGAGGCCGCCUCCCUCAGGCGGCGGCAGGCUCCCCUUAGUCUUGUUGCUGCUGCUGCUGGAAUGGCUUAGAAGCCACGUGCAGGGGCAGGGCUGUCCCCUGGAAGAGCUGUUUGUGGGCCCCCUGACCCCCAGGGCGCACCAGGCUUCUCUGACUGCGGGGUGGUGGCAGCUGCUGUCUGUGCUGCUGAUGGAAAUGCCGGUCUCCAGUGCACCUUGACCCCUGGGGACUGGGCUCCCCUUGGGAACGUGAAGAAAGCUGCUCACCAGCCAGCUCCCACCGCCGGCUCUCCCUCCCCAGUCCCCCUGCCUCUGCCGAUGCCCUUUCUAGAGCCUUCCUCCCACAAGGAGCUCUCCGCUGCAAGUAUCAGCAAUUUUACUCUGAAUUUCUGGUGCUAUUUCAUGUUGUAAUGUGAAUUCAGGCUUCCUUGGUGCAUUUUACCCAGGGGAUUGGGCGGGGAGAUCGGCUGGGGAGGCACACGAAGGCCCACCGACACCGGCGGCCCCGACAAGUCUUUCGCUGGGGCUCCAGCCGCCGGCAGGCUCCAGCCCCACGGUCGCGGUCCACAGCCGGAGCAGCCAAGUGGGACAGUGCGGGCCGGGGUGUGGCGCCUCGGCCAGUCAGGGAGGCGUCUCAUGCACUGACAUGACCCAGGGGUCGGCGCGCAUGUCCUGUUUAUGGAAUCGUGUCUGCGAAGGAGGCAGGAGGGUAGGAGAGGCUUCCUUCUGCUCUUAGGGAUCUCUGAGGUUCGUGGUUUGCGUCGUUCUGUUGUUUUUUUUUUCUUUUCUUUUUUACCUUGGGUGCAAUGUGUGUGUCAAAAGUUUUUAUUUUGAUAUUUUGCGAGAGACCAAAUUAGGCCCAAAUUGCCUUUCUCGAAGGUGCUGUGUGCACUCAGAACGCCUUUAGUGCUGAUGAAUAAAUCACGGGGUCUCUGAGGUUGUACUGUGCAAAUCAUAGUGAACUCAUCCUGUCAAAUAUAUCCUCACUAUUUUAACAGAAAGCCUCCGGCUGUGGUAUCUCUCCCCCCCCCCCCCGCCCCCACGAGCCCAGGGCCUGGCUCUUCACGCGGUGGCUUCAGCGGACGCUUCUGUCCCCGCGAAGCCGCCCCUGAGCAGCCAAGCAAUCCCGUCAGCUCCUCCGGGCUUGUGGACACGGCUGGGGGCCCUGGGGGAGCAGAGCGGGAGAGGUGACGUGUCAGCUGCAUGGCUCAGUUUAGGCCCCCUGGGACGGCAGCAGAGGCACUAUGAAGGGUGGAAGGGUUGGAGCAGGAGACACGACCCCACCGCAGGCUCAGACCCCAGGGCCACCGCGUCCCGAAGACAACCCUCAAAGACUCCAGCAUCCAGGACAAGAGCCUAGAGAGCAAGCAGGGUGUCCAGAGUCAAGCACCCACCCGGUCCUGCCCCUGCCCUCGGGGCACGAGGGGCACUCGAGCAGGCCCCCACAAUAUGCGCGGGAGAGGGGAGGGGAGCCACACGUGAAGCUGUACGUGGCAUCCCAGCACUUCUGCCCAAGCCCGCCGGUCCCCACCCACUCCUGCUCACCUUCCUCAGCCAGGAACACCCUUCCCAGGUGCUCCCACUCAGUCCAAGCCCCUCCCAGACGUGCACCCCCAGCCCCGGGGACCCGGGGCCACCCUUCUCACAUGGACACGCCCACUCUGUGCUGCCCUUGGGGGUUUCCAGACAGGUUCUGUGGUGAGCUGGGGGCUUUGGCCUCCUUGGGGUCUCUGUAGCAGGGCCUCAGAUAGGGGGCACAGAGGGGCACAGGGUUGGAGUUUGGGGUUGGGGUGGAGUGAGGCUGAGCUGUGUUUGACAACGGCCAUCUGGUGAUUUGGGGAUGCAGACCCCUGGGGCCCAGCCUUGGGCGCCUCUGUUCAACUCACCAUACCCAGACCAGCAGCAUCCCAGUCCCUGGAAAUAGGAGGGAAACUCCGGGCCCCACCCCAGCUCGCAAAUCGGACGCGGCCAGCACCCGCCUGGCCGGCAGGUGGCAGCAUUGACCCACCUCCGUCGCCCGGGCAGCUCAGCAGCCAAGGCGCCGUAGACAGGGCGCCCGCCAGC